AUGUUUUAUGCCCACUUUGUCCUCAGCAAACGUGGGCCGCUGGCCAAAAUCUGGCUGGCGGCCCACUGGGACAAGAAGCUGACCAAGGCUCACGUCUUUGAAUGCAACCUGGAGAGCAGCGUGGAGAGCAUCAUCUCACCCAAAGUAAAAAUGGCUUUACGGACAUCAGGGCAUCUGCUGCUGGGGGUGGUGAGGAUCUACCACAGGAAGGCCAAAUACCUGCUGGCAGAUUGUAACGAGGCUUUUAUCAAGAUUAAGAUGGCAUUUCGACCAGGUGUGGUUGAUCUUCCGGAGGAGAACAGAGAAGCAGCCUACAAUGCCAUCACUUUACCUGAGGAGUUCCAUGAUUUUGAUCAGCCGCUGCCAGAUUUGGAUGACAUUGAUGUGGCUCAGCAGUUCAACCUGAAUCAGAGCAGAGUGGAGGAAAUCACCAUGAGAGAGGAGGUGGGCAACCUCAACCUGCUGCAGGACAAUGAUUUUGCGGACUUUGGGAUGGACGACAGAGAGAUGAUGCGAGAGGAGAGUGCCUUUGAGGUGGACAUCAUGGGGGCAUCAGCUUCCAACCUGCUGCUGGAGGCCGAGGGCGGAACUAACCCAAUGGCCGACAAGUCCAACCACCUGGAGUACGACGACCAGUACAAAGACGACUUUGGAGACAACCCCAUGGAGAGCAACGAGGGAGGGAUGCUGGUGGACAAGCUGCUGAGUAACGAGGAUGGAGGCGGGAUCUUUGAUGACCCCCCCGCCAUCACAGAGAGCGUGAUGAUGCCGCAGGACCACGGCGACGAUGAGGACGACUUUGACGCCCUAUCAGCGGGGGCCGCCGACAGUCCGGACUCAGGCCCCACAGAGCCGCUACCAGCCAUGACCGACCAGACCGAACAGGCCGCCUUGGUUCACAACGAGGAGGAAACGUUUGCCCUGGAGCCCAUCGACAUCACAGUGAAAGAGACCAAAGCGAAGCGCAAGAGGAAGCUGAUCGUGGACAGCGUGAAGGAGCUGGACAGCAAAACCAUCCGCGCACAGCUGUCCGACUACUCCGACAUCGUCACCACGCUGGACCUGGCUCCGCCCACCAAGAAGCUGAUGAUGUGGAAGGAGACCGGAGGGGUUGAGAAGCUCUUCUCCCUCCCGGCUCAGCCUCUCUGGAACGCCAGGCUGCUAAAGAUGUUUACAAGAUGCCUGACCCCGCUGGUGCCCGAUGAGCUGAGGAAGAGGAGGAAAGGCGGAGAGGCCGACAGCCUGGACGAGUUCCUAAAGGAUCUGGAGAACUCAGAUGUCCCCAGAGAGGAGACCGCGGCCCUCCAGCAGAGAGACAUCUUGGACCAGACAAUCAUGGAGGAGUCCGGGGCGCUCCAGACUUCAGCGGUGGAGGGAAGCCGAACCACGCUGGAUGAGUCGGUCAUGCCGCCUCCAUCCACCCAGAGAGGCCUGAAACGCAAGUCUCCCGACACAGAGCCGGCCCUGCCCAUGGGAGCCUUUGAUGAACAGCCGCAGCCAGCCACCAAAGCGACCCCCGGGCCCCAGCAGCUCGAGGCCUCCACCGUGGAUUUGCCCCCUGAGGAGACCACCACCACCAACAUCAGCCAGCUGAUAGAGCUGGACCUGCUGGCCGACAGGGACAAGAAGAAGAACGACGACGACUCUGACGAAGAGGAGGAGGAAGCACAGGGAGGAGACCAGGACCAGGAGGAGAGGAGGUGGAACAAGAGAACCCAGCAGAUGCUUCAUGGCCUACAGAGGGUGAUGACCAAAACAGGCUCCCCGUCGGUCAGCCUGCUGGAUCUGUGCAGGAACAACAACAGGAAGCAGGCAGCGGCCAAGUUCUACAGCUUCCUGGUGCUGAAGAAGCAGCAGGCGGUGGAGCUGGUCCAGGAGGAGCCGUACAGCGACAUCAUAGCUACACCCGGCCCUCGCUUCCACGUCAUCUGA